AUGGCAGACCCCACCCCUUUUGAUCUUUAUGAUCAGAAUAGUGAGCCUUUGGGUGAGUGUCAAUUGAAGGGUGGUGACAUCAACAGUUGGAUUGUUGAUGAAGAUGGGUACACCGUGUGCCACAAGGAUGGCAACCGAAGAUUGGGGGCUCACCACAGCCGCCAUCUCAGCCGAGAACAUGCUGAAAAGAUGCGUGCUCUGCACCAAAAAAGAUCCGGCAAACGCAAUGAUGUAACUAUGGAAACAGUCCGCGCUGAGGAACAUGGAGAAGUGCUUGGAUAUGGCGACAAUGGUGAAUUUGUGUACUUCUACUGCAAAAAGCUCAAGGGCGGAAAGAUCACUGCUGACUUGUAUUAUCCAGUCACAACCACUGACCCCACCAAGAUUGAUGGCCUGGAACCAAACAUCCACAAGUCGUUACGCGUCACAGCUAUGGAAGAUGGAGCGUACGGUGAAUGCUCACUCAACACAGGAGGAGUUUGCGAACCCGAUGACAGGAGAGAUUGUCUGCUUUGUGGUCGUGAACUAUCUGGGCUCAAGGAAGGAACGGUCCGCAAUUUGGUCAUCCCUAUCAAGUUUGUUGGACACAAAAGUCAGGCACUCCCUUCAAAGAGCGAUCUCGAGGUCCUGAUGAAUGCCAUGGAGCCUUACGCUACCAGGGCACCAAUUGACGGUGUGAAGAAGUUCUUUCAUGACAACUUGGGAGGAAAGCUCACCUUGGAAUCGACAGUUGUUGACUGGGUUCAGUUGACUGGCAGUACAGGUGGUCGCUCUCAUACUGAGGAGUACUGCACUGGAGCCUUUGAUCCAAAUACCAAGGGCCAAGGUAAUGGAGCUACAUACCUACACAACUGUUUGGUCGAAGCGUUGAACAAGAUUGAUAGUUUUGUUGACUUCAAACAAUGUGAUAGUGAUAGUAACAACAAGAUUGUCGCCAUUACAUUCAUCCAUUUGAGCUAUUGUUCCACCACUUGUGGCAGUGCAAGAAACAAGAUUUGGUCUCACCAGUGGGGGCUGAAUGAUAAACGGUGGACAAGCGUGGAGAGCGUUGUUGUUAACGCAUACCAUUUCAAUCCAGGAUUGAUCGGUUGUUUGGGAAGCAAGAUUGGAACCAUUGCCACCAUUGCACACGAGACUGGACACUUUUUGGGCUUGCCCGAUCUGUACGAUAGAAUAAUAAUAAAUCUGAUGCAUUAA